CAACUGUCUGACCAUCUAUUGCGCAUGUUCAUGUAAGAAAAAAACUGAUGAAAUAUUUAUUAUUUGAGAAACCAAACUGUUUGUUGAAUCAAACGUUUGUUUGAUGCGUUCUGAAAUAAUUGGUUUCGAUUAAAUAAAUUCUAUGAGAUUCAAGGAAAUCCUUUUCUCUGUGUAGAAGCCGAUUUAUUUUCGUUGAAAAAGAAAUCAUCUUUUAGGAUACGCUCACGUACGAGGAUACAAAGUCCACGUGUAUAGCGUGUCUCUUUAAAGAACCGUGUAGCGCGUUAGUUAAUCGUUCUCCACACCUGCAACACGCGAUCUCACACUUGCCCGCGACAUUUGUCGCACGUACGCAAGCGAAAUAACGCGAUUCACCGCACGUCGCAUGUACGAGGAAAUUAGACGGUUCCGCGCGCGAGCGGCUGAAAAUGUGCAGCGUCAUGCUUUCGAACAACGAGUCAUCGAUUGCACAAUGCGCACGGUCCUCUGAUUACGGAGAGUCGCUCGCGGGCGCCGGUCAUCGAGUGUAAUCUCCAUUUUUUGAAACUUUCGCCCAUUAUUGUACUUGUUUCACUAUCUAACUGUUGCUCGCCUAUUAUCGUCAAUUAACGUUUGGCUCGGCUUAAAUCGUCAAUUACUUAACACUGAUUAGAGGAAGUCCCUCCUCUCCUUUAAUUUGCGACGGGUCGCAUAUUUGCGCGCCGAUCGCUUUGAACGGGCGCCGCGUUGCAUAUGCAGCAAUCAAAUCAAUUAUAGACAGCGACGACUGCGAUUCACGCUUAUACUGCGACGAGCAGCAUACUCGAGCUUCAAAUCAACUCUCCGUCGCGACGAAAUGAAGCCACAAGCGGGCAUUUACUCGUUAUCCCACCUACGGAAAUUCCUUCAGCGUGGAAAAUUUCUUUUCGUUAUACGAGAGAUUUCGUCGAGAAGCCCUUCAUUCAUUCAUUUUGAAACUGGCACAAAGUUAUUAUUUCUUAAAGUUCAAUUAACUUCUAUGUCACGAGACCGUCUGCUUACGACGAGAAAUCUGCUGAGGGAAAUAUCUCGAAAGAAAGAAAAUUUGUGAUGUGUGUACAUCGAUUAUCCUAAUUACCAUCAACACUUUUCCGUGAUAAGCGUCGACACACCUACCGUUAUCAGCGUCCAAACGGGAAUACCUCUUAUUGUGGAAUAGGGAAACACGUCAUACGCUUACGAAACGUUGUACCAAUUAUGGCAGGUAAUGUGGUAAGUAGGUCCGUCAUACCGGCGAUCAUCGACAUUUUGGGCCGUGAUAAUAUCUCGCAGUGAUAUUUCCAGAAUGCACGCAGGUGCACGCUGGACUCUGACGUGGGACAGCGUGUAAGUGCGUUUGUUUCGCGUCGCCACCGCGUGAUGACAGUCAGAAAUAAAGUCGCUCAGCGGGGUUAUUAAUAGCCGAUUGGUUUCGACGCGCCAAAAAUCCUACGCGGCUGUUUCGACCGAAUCAGAAGUCAAAUUGCGCACGGAAUCGCGCGACGAUCGCUGCUUGACGUUGCUUAUCGCGUUAAACGAUUAUAUUUUCCCGGUAUAUUCGUUGCGCGCAAUGAUAUCGUAUUUCCCUCGACACGAGAGAUCACUUACGAGAGUAAUUUAUGCCAAAUUUUAUCACUUCCUUGCAUCACUUUGUGUGCGAAAAAGAAAAAGGACGAACAACUAAGUGUGGAAAUUUUACGUUAUAAUAAUUAUAAAGUAAUUAUUUACUAUGACGAUAUUUCGAUUGAUUCGUUGUAGCCUCGCUUCGGGAAAAGUAAUUUCGUCAAUUCAAUAAAGAUUUUUUUACCUCCCGCGCGUAAUUUGUUUUGACGUGGUGCCAAGAUGAAUGGUAACUAGUCGGGCGACAUCCGAGAUCCCAAUUAAGCGGACGUAACGACGUUAUCUACGUAGUGACUCAGUGAGUUUUUCUUCGUUACGAUAUCUGACGUAAUCGUUGCCUUCAAUAAGGCAAGACUCCACAAUAACACUGUGUGCUUUUUUUAUUACGAAGUAGUAAUUCGAGUGAGAUAUUUACUUUCUCUCUCGCUGUUUAAAUCGGCACUUUAAAUCGCUCGUUCAUCAUACGCGGAACGCGAUCUUUACGGAAGAAUUUGAAUCCUUCAUUGAAUCGAUUUCCUUCGUUUUCCUUCGGAAAAACGCACGACAGAUUUUCCGAUAAAUGCGACGCGAGAGAACACAAGUUAAAAACGUAUCUCUCGGCUGGAUGGAAAUAGCGUUUUGAAAGUGUGCCAGUUCCAGGCGUACGUUACUUCAGAAUUUGAGAUUGAUUCGCGAAUGAGAUGUAAACGGAUUUUCCCAACGGCGGAAAGACGCGAUUCCCACCAUCUCGUCUCAAUUUAUCGCUUAAUUUGAAAGAUUAUUUGCGAUGUGCAAUCUCUGGCGAUACAUUUUACGUGGAGGAGAAUUCUUCGAAAUUAGAAAUUAAAACUCGUCAAGAUUAGGUCCAAGAAAUGAAUUGAAUUGUGUGUGGAAUUAAUGAUUGGUUAUCUUUUCUUAUCUAUGGACACAAAGUCGAGAAUUGGACAGUCACACGCAAACGUUGUCGCUAGUGAUGAAAAUUGUCCGAAUUCUCUUUUUAACCUUUGAAUUUCCCGUGAUCGCACGUGACUUUCGGCGCGCUGCGAUCCGAUUGGCCGGGCAGAUGGCGCCGCGCGCGUUCAACCGGCGCCGCGCGCUCGCUCGGCCGCCCGCCAAGUCGUUAUCGGCGUGCCCGGAGAGUAGUCGGUCGGUCGGUCGUUUCAUCAGUACGUCACGUACCGUCGUAUUCGCGCAAAAAACUUAACCUCGCCAUCUUCGUCGUCGUUCACCUUUGCCCGCGAAUGUCGCCCGCCGUUGUCACCGCCUGCCCCGUCACCGCAGCCGCCGUCCAACCGGUGUAAAAAAAGAACGCUCUCGCUUUUUGGCGAGUGAAACCGGCGCGACAGUCCGAGCAGUGUUGAUCGCUUUACAUCGCGAUGAGCGGCAGCAGAAUCAACAGCAGUGAGAACAGAGGACGAAAUGGCCACGUGCUGGUAUGGGAGCAACCCGGUCUCGACGAGGCGGAUCGACCCGCACGAAAAGGCUUCUUUGGAAGACGUCACUUUGUGACUUUUAUGUUGUUCCUCGGCAUGGCGAACGCUUACGUUAUGAGGACCAACAUGUCCGUGGCUAUCGUCGCGAUGGUCAAUCAUACGGCGUGCAUCGACAAACACGAGGAGGUGACGAACGAAUGCUCAGAAUAUGUCGUGAACGAAACCGCGACUGUGAAAGGCAGCAGCGACGGCGAGUUCUCGUGGUGCAGCAAGGAACAAGGCUACCUGCUCAGCGCGUUCUUCUACGGCUAUGUGAUCACGCAGAUACCCUUCGGUAUACUCGCGAAGCGCUACGGCUCCAAGUACUUCCUCGGAGUCGGCAUGCUGAUCAACUCGCUGUUCGGCCUGCUAGUGCCGGUAUCCGCGAAUUUUGGAUACUUCUGGCUGAUAGCCGUGCGCUUCAUUCAGGGCUUAGGAGAGGGUCCUAUUGUGCCUUGCACGCACGCAAUGUUGGCCAAGUGGAUACCGCCCAACGAACGCAGUAGGAUGGGUGCCUUCGUCUAUGCCGGUGCGCAAUUCGGCACGAUAAUCUCCAUGCCGUUGAGUGGGGUACUGUCCGAAUACGGAUUCGCAGGCGGUUGGCCGUCGAUCUUCUACGUGUUUGGAACUGUCGGCACCUUGUGGUGCAUAUUCUUCCUCAUGUUCGUUCACGAGGACCCUGAGAAGGAUCCGCACAUUGCAGAGGACGAGAAAAAGUACAUCGUGAGCGCUCUGUGGGGUAGCGCCGGCNCCCCCCCCCAAUUAAGAGGGACCUCUCCACCGGUCCCGUGGAAGUCAAUUGUAACUUCGCUGCCAUUCUGGGCUAUCUUGAUAGCGCAUAUGGGUCACAAUUACGGAUACGAAACCUUGAUGACCGAACUUCCGACGUACAUGAAGCAGAUUCUUCACUUUGAUAUCAAAUCGAACGGCUCAGUUUCGGCGCUCCCGUACUUAGCCAUGUGGAUCUUCUCUAUGGUGAUAUCUCACAUCGCCGACUGGAUGAUUUCGUCGGGAAAAUUCAAUCAUACCAGUACUCGCAAGAUCGUCAACAGCAUCGGCCAGUAUUCACCGGCCGUGGCAUUGGUAGCCGCCUCGUACACUGGUUGCAGUCGUUGGUUGACAGUAACCCUUUUGACGGUCGGAGUUGGUCUGAACGGCGGUAUAUAUUCCGGUUUUAAAGUCAAUCAUCUCGAUAUCUCGCCAAGGUUCGCCGGCGUUUUAAUGUCCUUCACCAAUUGUCUGGCUAAUCUUGCUGGUCUACUCGCGCCCAUCACAGCUGGAUAUAUCAUCACGGGAACGCCGACGCAAGCGAAAUGGAGGACCGUAUUCAUGAUCUGUGCUGGCGUUUAUAUCAUGUGCGCGACAUUCUACGCGAUCUUCAGCUCUGGCCAGAGACAGAAGUGGGACAAUCCAAAUAAGGACGACGAGAAGAGCGAUAAAAGGGAGGUGGAGAGUGUUACUGUUAUGAACGAGACUCAACAUUGACAACACGUUUUACCGAUAAGAUCAGUGAUGAUACGAGGAGAUUGACACUGAUGACGCGACGAUCAAGUCCGCCUGGCCAUUUCUGCCUGUAUACAUUCAUUCCCUCCAUGUUAUUUAGCUGUUGGAACGAACGAACGAGCUACAAUUAAGGCGUUCAAAGAUUAAUCUCGGAAUUUCUUUUUUUUUUCUUUUUUUAACGCGGAGGUGCAAAAUUUUCACGAUAAUCGUAGUUCACUUAUAAGUCUUCAUACUUUUGUAUUUGAUUGCAAAAGUUACAUACCAAUUGCUGUAGUGUUAUAGCGUGUAUGUCUCGUAUUAGGGACUUUGUGUGUGUGUGUGUGUGUGUGUGUGUGUGUGUGUGUGUGUGUGUGUGUGUGUGUGUGUGACGAGAGAGAAAAAGCGGGAGAAUGCGAACAUCGGGAAACGAGCGAAAGAAAAAGAAAGGCAAAUAUAUUGCCGUGUCCUAAAAGGAUGUAUACUCAAAACCGAGCUACCGGUUAAGAAAAAGAAAAAAGCUUUGAUUUUCAUGCGUCAUUUCUUACUUUUAUAAUUUAUAUCGGAUAUAUAUAAAAUAAUUUCAGAUAUUAUGCAGAAGUAGGAAAUCUAGCUUUAAAAGCUGGUGUAUUAGAAGAACAAUGUGACAGAGAUAAACAUUUUUCUCGAAGCAGGAAAUGAAAAAUCAUUGUAAAACAGAUUUCUGAACUUGCCGGAAAUGUUAUCAUGACAAACGAGAGUCAACGUAUAUAUGGUUUCAAAGAGAGAUCGAAAGUGACGUUUCAACGUUCUCACCUACGUUGUUUUUCGAUUUUCGGGGAUCCGUACAGUUUCCAGAUCAAGUCUUUCUGAAAUGUUAUACCAACCUCGAGAGAAAGAGACUCUUGUGGUAUUAUAUGUGCAUAAAAUUUGCCUUCGACGGAACAUACACUCCGAUAAAUGCAAAAUCUAAUUUGGACAAUGAGCACACUGUCAGUUGAUUCGACCGAAACGUGUACCAAUACUUCCACGCUAACAAUGCAUCGGUCAUUGUACCGUGUGUUUGUGAAACGAAAUAUAUAUAUACAUGUAUAUAUAGUCGCAAAGAUUUAUACACGGUAGAUAAAGGGCAUUAUCUGUCGUAGUGCUUUUCCGUUGCUUAUCUUCAAGUUAGAUUUCGUGUUUGACAAACUUGGCAGCAGUAUUAGAAUUAAAGAUCCUCCAUCCUUGUUUGUUACGUCACUUUUUAUUAUAACUACUGCCAUUUUGUAUUGUGUGACACGGAGCAGGAGAGAUGAGCGUGGAAAAACAUGUGUUCCUCGUUCUCGUCUCGAGAGACUUUUACCGGAUCCAGACGCCGCGCCAACAGCACAGUGUACAAUACAACAAUGGUAUUUAUACAUAUUGUAGAUAUUUGCGCGUAGCUCCCCGUUAAGUUAUAGGAUAUUAGGUGAACCGUAGUUAUUUAUAUACAGCGUUUACGAAGGAUAUAUUGUUAUGUCAGUCGUACGGAAAUUAAAAAAUCGUGUCAGAUUUAGAUGAAAGGAUUUCGAUUUUACCUGCACAGUAGAGAAUGCAUUUUGUUCUUUUUUCGUAAAUCGAUGAAUAAUCUCUUUCUUAAGUAACACAACUCUCCGACGACAAUUGUGAUUUUUCCUCUUGUAGACUUUCGGAUAUCGAGGCUACAUACAUUUAUACUUAUAUAUUCGUAAUUAAUGUCAUCGUUGAUCCUAUCGUCUGAUGAAAUACAUAAUCACGCGGAACGAAUUCGAGUUUUUUCAAACUGUCGAGAAUAAGUUUCCAAGAAACUCAAUACUUCCUUUCUUGCUACGUAUUCUCACAAUGAUACGCAUUGUAUCUAGGAUGUAUUCAGCAUGACUCUUUGUUACGUUCUGCACGAGUUCCGAAUGAAAAAGAUGUAACCACGAGAUCUUUUCGCGUAAUUCAUAAGACGAAUCUUAUAGCGAUCGGCAAGCCGGAAAGUUGCAUAAAGCUGAAACAAGUUAUUGCAAGAUAUUUUUCCGAAAACUAUUCUGUUUGCGUUAGUUGAUUUAUUUAGCGGUGGUUCUGUAUAGAAAAACUUCGGAGAUUAUUUGAGAUAGCAGGAUGACGUUACUUGCGAGUUGGAACGUAAAAUCGUAUGCACAACUGUUUCGUGGUCAUGUAAAAGUGCCUUCGACCAUUAGCGUUUUCGUGUUUUCCUUUUAUAUAUAUAUAUAUAUAUAUAUAUAUAUAUAUAGAGCAUAUUAUAAGAUUGAUUUUCACGUUACUCCGACAGAAAGAAUACCAAAGUAUUUGCAGACUUGUUACUUCAAACUCGGGACAUUUGUCCCGAGUAUAAACACAUAAUAUAAACACAUUGAGAAAUAUGUUGCUUUGUUAAAAAUUGCCGAUGUUGGAAAAAGUAUCGUGGCUCUCGUACAUCAUGUAACGCGAAUAAUAAAUAAUAACUAUGAACCGACAUUCGGAGAACAAAAUUCGUCGAAAGAGAAGAUGAUGAGACAGUUACCCAAUGAUAGAUGAUAAAGUAGCUAAUUCAAUGCAAUAUUUCGCAACCCAUAUUUUUAUACAAAUAUUUAUGAACAUGUACAUACCACACAUAUAAUCCAUUUGCAAUGUUACAACGUUAUAAACAUAUUUUUAUUGUUGGGACUUUACAUGUGAUAGUAGAACUGCGGAUAAAUAAAACAUAAGGUACAAACUA